UUUCCAUUAUUUUGAUGUUAUGACGUCAUCUCCACGUCGAUAGAUACCGACUGAUAAUUGAUCUCACAUCAUGACAGACGUCAGAACAUCCCCAAUCCCGCCUGAUGAUGACAAUUUUGAGAGAGAUCUGCAAGAGAUGCUAGACGACGGGCCCAGCUUGAAUGAGGUCACAUCUAACGUCCAAGGUGGCACGCCUAACUCUGUGUCUGCCACGUUUGCAGAAAAAGUGGGCCCCUUCUCAGCUGGGACGAGUUCUCCUGGGACCCUCUCGUCAAGUGGACCUGGGGGUAUUUAUGGAUCUGGAUCUGCUGGGCCUAGAUUAACACGCUCAUAUACUGUUCCCCCUGCAACCAGCAAUGUGCCCUUAACUAAUUCUGGUGGUUCAGGCAGCCACAGCACAGGCAACAGCCCCAACGGUGACUUCAUACCAAAGUCUGUCAGCCUGACUGCCCAGAGUAAAAUAGAGACCAUCAGAGAAUGGAGUGUAAACACUUUCAAAACCACCAAGCAGUUUAUCUCUGAGAGAUUUGGUAAAGGCUCCAGGACUGUGGACCUGGAGAUGGAGACGAGUAUAGAGGCCCUGCGGGACACGCAGAGAAAAUAUGCACACAUCCUUCGGCUGGCCAGAGCCAUGUCGUCCCACUUCUACAAUGUUGUCCAGACACAGAAGGCCCUGGGGGAGGGAUUCUCAGAGCUGGCUCAGAAGUCACCAGAACUGCAGGAGGAGUUCAUCUACAACUGUGAAACACAGAGGACCUUGGUCAAGAAUGGUGAAAUACUUUUAGGUGCAUUAAAUUUCUUUAUCUCAUCUGUCAAUACAUUGUGUCAUAAAACAAUGGAGGACACGUUGUUAACUGUUAAAAACUAUGAAACAGCUAGGCUCGAGUAUGAUGCCUACAGAACAGAUUUUGAAAGUAUUGAGUCGGGACCAAGAGAGGCAGCUACCCAAGUUAAAAUGCAGGAUGCCAAAAGGAAGUUUGAAGAGCACAAGAUAAAGUUUGACAGGCUGAGAAGUGAUGUACAGAUUAAGCUACGGUUUCUUGACGAGAACAGAAUAAAAGUAAUGCACAAACAGCUCCUACUAUUCCACAAUGCAAUAUCAGCAUACUUCAGUGGCAAUGCAUCAGCUUUGGAGGCCACGCUUAAGCAGUUUAAUAUACAGUUAAAGAGACCAAACGCAGAAAAACCUUCAUGGAUUGAAUCUUAGACAGGGGACUUGUAUAAAGGAAACUCUUUUUUGUAUGCUGACAUUUGAUUGCUCACAGUUUUUUUCUGUGAGUUUAUUAAGGAAUUUAGUAAUAAAUUAAAGCAAAAGAAAAACAAAAAAAUCACUCAAAUUUCUGAUGUAAAUACAAGUCAUUUUUUUUAAUAGAACCCUUUUUCAUCUCAUUUAAUCAUAAAUAUUUUAUAUGUAAUAAGUUUGGGGCUCUUUAUUUUAACCACAGCUACAUAUUAUGAGGGUAAAAAAAAUAAAUGUUUGUCUUAUUUAAGUGCUUGGUUUCAGUAUGAAAAGUUCAUAACCACUUUAUAAUUAACUUUUAAUUAAGUUAGUUUUUGUAUUAUAUAUUAAAAGUAUUACAGCACCAGAUAAAGAAGCAACAUUCCUAAUUUUGGUGUGAGCUAAAAGCAAUAUUUGUUGACCAAUAACAUAUUUGAUACAGCUCGUCACUUGGAAAUUAGCAGCUAUGAAAAUUUACUACAGGGCAAUAAACUCAAACUAAUUAUUUUUCUCAAACUAAUAUUUUACAAUUUAGCAGAGAUUUAAGUUCAUAUAUCAAUUUCAAAUAUUGAUUUGUUUAAAUUUUAUUUAUAUUAAAAUUACAUUUGAAAAGUAUGGACAAGGCAGUGUGCUCCUCACAAAUUUAUUCCAUUAAUUUCAUACUGUUCACAUCCAAGGAUAUAUCAAAACAGGUCAAUAAGUGAAAAAAAAAAAUGUGUAUAAAUUUUUGGAAAUUUGAAGUUUAUUUAGAAACCUGUUUGUUUGCUAAUCCCAUUUAGAUAAGUUUCCAUAGCUGUUAUCUUCUAAUUGUGUGUUAAGAGAUCCAAUAGAAAAUUGUCAGUGCUUUAUUUUAUUGUAAGUAUUGUUCAAAGGCAUUGCCAAAGUUUUGUAAAAAAUUAAUUUAAGGGGACUAGGUUGUGGCUAAAUAUUUAACUAUUUGGUGGCUAAACACGGAUGUGUAAAUAUAUUACUUUUUUUUUCUCCUGUCAAUUAAUUCUUGAAUAAUUUACUCUCUUCUUUUUAAUUUAUUUCUGGUUGUUCAUUUAUAUUUACUUUGGGUUUUAGUUCAGAUUUUCUGUGAGAUAUUGAGAUGAUAGAUUUAGCUUAAAUUUCCAUUGUGAUAAGCUCAUUGUAUCUCUAAGUUGUUUUUUUUUUUUUUUUUUUAAUUUCUAGCAUAAAGUAGUAAAAAACAUUGCAUAUUGUCAAUAAGCUAUUUAUUUUUUUUAAAGCCAUUGAAUAUUUGUAAUUGUAAAUUAAACAUUUUCAUUUUUUUAAAAAAGUUAACAUAUUUCCUUGUAUAUUGAUACUUAGAGAUUACAAACCGUUACAAGGUUUGGUUAUUUUUAAUUAAUUCUUGUGUGGUGGUGAUGGUAAGUUGUAAAAACAAUGUAAUGGUAUAAAUGUUGUCAGUAAGGGUUUUUUAUAUGUUUUUAAACAAAAAUUUGUAGUUAUUAAUUUCAAUAAGCAGAGUCUAAGGGGUGUCGUUUAUAAAAAAUGAAUUAUUUUUAAAGCACUAUUGUUGUGUUUGAUGGCAAGUGAAACUAUAACCUAUCGGCUAGAUAAGUUUACCUAUGGGAGAGCUUUUUUGUAAAAUUGAUUUAUUAAGCUCUGUUAAUGCUUGUUGCAAGUAAAGUGAUUAAAAAAAACCAAUUAUUUUACAAUUAUUUAAAGAAACUUGAUGAUUUUUAUCUAAGAAGAAGAAAUUAGAUCUUUCUGCACAUGAUGGCCAAGUUAGAUAUGUGUUAUUUUUACUAAGUGGGUAGCAAGUGAAUUAUGCCCUUUUUGAAAAAAAAAUGAUCUUCAGUUUGUAAAGCUGUUUGUAUAGGUCUUCCAGUGUAAUCCCUUCCUGUUUCUGUUUUCAAAUAUUUAAAUAUCUGAUGUUAAAAUCUGUGUCUUUUUCAAAUCCGACAUCUUGCCGGCAGAAGUUUUUUUUUUCAUGUCUCUGUUAAAAUAAUAGGUUUUUAUUCUCUACAGUAGCACCUGAGAAAAUUAAUAAAGUAAAACCUUUACAAUCUCUGAACUAAAUGAACUAUUAUUCCCUCUGGCUUAGCAAUAAAGUGCCUAGAUUUAUAUUCAUCUUCUCUUUUCUUGUUAAAAGUUAAAUUAGGAAACCCCUUUUUUUUUAAAAAUAUACUAUUCAAGGUUGGUAUUUAAAAAGAAAUUAACACUCCAACUAUUCAAGGUUUAUUUUUUUUAUAUUGAUGCUUCAUUGGUGUGUUGUUAUUUAAUAAACACAAUAAAACACAGAGCACACACUAGACCACUGAGUAAAGCAUGCAUUUCUACUAGACUGGUAACACAUUGUGUGUAAUUUUUUUUUCCAUAAGAAAUAUUACUUUCACCUGUUUUGUUUACAAAACACCUGUAUUCUUGUAUUUCAAUAAGUCACUCUUAGUCUUACUAUGUAGAGGGGGUGCCUUUUAUAUUAGCUACACGCUUGGUUCAUCUGAGUAGUAUUUACCAAGCUCAUGAGAACUUUUUUUUAACAACUUGGUUGUGAAACUAUAUAUCUAAGUUCAAAUUUGCACAGUUGCCGCCAACAAGGACAUUUUUACAUGAAGGUUUUCAUGUACAUAUUGUAAUGGAAAUCUAACGUUUUUCUUAUUACAGAAAAUACUGAUACAUUAAGAACUUUCAUCACUGGCUCCCUAAAAAAAUAUUUACUCUUCAUUUAUAUUUUACAUUGUGCUAAAAAAAUGUAUGUGUCAAAACACAUUCUACGCCAUAACUAAAAACUUUAUACGGAGUAGCUCAAUCUACUCUUCGAUCCAGAUUUCAAGUUUUCAUCAAUUAAUUAUUGUAAUUAAUUAGUUAACACCUAAAUAUAUUAAUUUGGAUGAUACUAAAACCUUAACGUAUAUACAAUUUAUAUGGCUGGCUUAUGUUGCAACUAACAAAGCUUAUAAAGCAUGGCAGUGUUGUAUAUAUUGAUGAAUUCUUUUUUGUACUUUGAAAUUUACUGCUGAGUGUCAUGCGUGAAACAUUACGUAUUUUUAAUUUAAAACAUAAUUUGUAUAGGACAAAUUCAAAAAAUUAUUUUCUUCAUAUGGGUUUUGACGUAGCUAAAAUUAGUCUAGUAAUAACUUAUCAUAAAUGUACGACAUAGUUAGAUUCUAGUAUGUGGAUGUUUUUAGGAUGAAUCAGAUACAAAAUGAGUCUUUUCUUUUUCUUUAUAAGAACACUAUUAUGGUGAAUGUCCACAAAUAUGUUAAACACACCUAGAUAGGACAUACAUUUUAACCAGCGCACAAUUUGUUUUUGGAAUAUGUGAGGUACGAUAUUUUUAGCAGUGAUCUGCAAACUGGCAAAUACCAAAAUAAAUAUGUAAUUUGAAACAAAAGCUGCAUAGUAAAUUGUAAAUCAACCAGUUGUCAUUACUCUUACAAAAUUUUAAUGUGAAUUUUAAAACUAAAUUUAAAUUUAAUGGAGUAAAAAAGUGUCAAUAAAAAUAUUAAUUUUUUUAAAAUUACUUGUUUUAAUUCUAGAUUGAAUAUGACAGAUCAUUAAGUUUUCAAGAUAUCUAUUUCCCUUAUUUAGAAACAAUCACAGGAACAUAAUUACAUCUAUUAAUCAGGAAAAAAAUAAGCAGCCAUGGUGUUGUAAUUGGUUAAUUAAGUCAUAACUAUUCCCAUACUUUGAUUUCAGCCCUACUGUUGGCUCAAUGAUUCUCUAAUUGUAUACCAUUCCACUUGUUUAAAUCUAGCUGAAUCCUACAACCCAUUGGCUACAAUAGCAGCCCCAACUCAAAACAGUAGGAUCAUUUACAUUGUAAUUAUAGCGUCCUUGUUCAGAAUCCUGAUAUUUUCAACUGGUGCCUUUAGAUACAGGUACUUUGAUUAUUUCACUGUCAAGAUGCAUAAUUCGAAUGAAUGGAAUUGAUGAUGUGCAAUAUUAAAUUUAUAUUAUAUCCAGGCUUUGUUUUGUUUCUCAGACAACUAACAUGAAGCAAAUAAGCAAACUUUUUAAACAACUGCUAUUUGAAUUAAUGUGAACCAAGUUUUAUUCUGAUGUAUAUUUUGUUCAUCUCUCCAUUCCUCUAUACAUGUUUUAUAUAUAUAUAUGUUGUAUAUUAAUUUGCCACUGUUGUCUGCCUCAGUUGCUAGGAUUGCUUUCAUGUGUUGUUAUAUUUAUCUCAUAAUAGCAUUUUUUAAAAUGCAGUUUCAUUAUUCCAUUAUUUUUUUUCAUUAUGUUUAAAAUUUCAAGUUUCAUCUUUGCAUCUUCAAUAUUUCUAUUUUGUUUAAAGAUUUAAAGAAGUAGAUCUGUGACAUUUUGUAAAAUAGAAAUAAAGAACAGAUUACAAUAUACAGUAGUUGUAUACCUAGAUUCUAGAGAAACUCACAGCUAAGAUGGGAAAAGUGAAUAGUUUUCUAAUCCUACCAUCCACAAAAACAGAUAUAUAAUAAUGGAUAUUUGUAUACAAAAUGUAAUAUUUCUUUGUGACCACUAAUCAGAAUAUAAAAAAAAAAUUUUCUUCUGCGUGACGCUAAGCAUUAAUGUGUCACAUUUGAUACACAUGUCAUAAUGCACUAUUUUUGUCACAUAAUCUUUAUUUUUUAUUAGAAGUGACACAAUAGAGUAAAAAUAUUUAACAAUUGCACCUAUGAGACAAGUUUAAAAAAAAAAUUAAAACAAACUUAAUUUUUUAAAAUCAAAACACUUAAAUUAUUCUUUCAAAAUUUUGCUUGUAUAUUUCUACAUAACGGCUGACAUAAAGUUGGGAGCUAAAAAUUUUAUUUUACAGUUAAUUUCAAUACUGGUUUGCAUAUUAUUUUGUGGUCUAAUUUAAUUAUAGCUUUUCAGAUCUUGUAGGUUAAGUUGUUCUAGUUUCUAUUUUAGUUAUACCAAGGCUAAACGUUUUUAUUUUCAAGUUGAUUAUUUUUCUGUGAUUAAUUUUUUUUAUCCUUUCCAGCUAUUUGUUGUACUAUAAUAAUUUCUGUGUUUUAGCCAGGUGAUUUUUUUUAAAGGAACCAUUCAUAAUAAACUAUAUAAAUACU